ACACACAGAAGAGCCCCUCUCUACCCUCCCCUCCUGCGGUACUUUGCCUUCGAUUUUUAAUGCGAGAAGAGUUCAGCACUCUCUUCCCUCUGUGUACACACGAACUAGCGCUAUCCACUAGGCCAGGAGUGGAAGCGAGAGAAAAACUCACUUUGCAAGAAAAGCUCGCUUACGCCGGGAUUCGAACCCCUGACCUGACCUCUAGAAGGUUUCGAGGUUACCAACUAGACCACCGGGGCGACCGGCUGUCAUUUAUGCGUCCUGCUGGAAACCUGGAACCUGGAACCAACCGCGGCGUCCCAGCUUGUGUCCCCCACCCAAGCUCCCAUGAUGCGGCUGUAGUGCUGUGGUGCACCGUACCGUGGUGUCGACAACAAGCUGUUGCCUCUACAAGACGAAAUAACCGUGCGGGAAUGUCGAGCCACGGAGAUGCCGCAGCAGCACCGCCGGCCGGUUCACGCGACGAAGAGGAUGCAGUGCCACGGGCAGGCGUGCAGUGGGAGGAGGAGGAAGAGGAAGAAGACGGGGGAACUAUGAGUGGGGUCAAGGUGCAUUCGCUGGAUGGUGUCACCUGGCGGGAUAUGCGGGUCGGGAAUCAAUCGGCCAGAGCCCUCUUCGACCGCGUGCAGGGGCGGCCCUGGCCGUCCAUGCCUUCCUUCUCGUUCGGGGGAAUCCUCGGCGGAGAGGCCGGCAUAACCGACGCAAUGAACACCACCAGCGGCAACAAUGGCGUUGAGGAAGGAGGGCCAUCAGACGGGGGAAUCGUGGACACUUGGUGGAGGUCUUUCGCCCGAAGUCCUGGCGGCGUUCGGCGGUUUUGGAUGGUGAUCGGAGGCGUUAUCGUCGCCGUGCUCAUAGCGGUGGCGCUGAACGGGGGCGGGGACGGCGAUGUGGAAGGAGACAAGUCUCCCCUGUCCGCGGGGACCCCCCGACACCGAAUCGGCGGUGCCCCUAGCGGCGGCGGCAGCAGCAGCAACAGCGGGAGCGCGGAGGGUCCGGGGUCGUACGCUGGAACAUCCCCUCUGCGGCAACGCCUCCAGCACGUGGCCGACACCGCGCUGGCCGAGGGGAUAACGCUGCCCAUGCACACCACCUUCGAGGUCGUUCGUGCGGAGGGGGAGGGGGAGGAGGAAGGGGGGGCGAUGGAUUUCAUCGUGUCGGUGAUAUCUGGCGAGGCUCUGGAGGCCAAGGCUGCCAUCGCGACCCCACCAGCAUCCGCGGCAAGCGACGAUCCCUUCGACCCUAGGGUGCUCGAUCCCCGCAUGGCGGUGGAGGAACUGCCCCCGUCGCACUCCUUGGUACUGAACAAGUUCAACACCAUGAGGAACCACGCCUUGAUCAUCACCACGGAGUUCCAGUCGCAGCAAGAGGCCCUCACGGAGGAAGAUUUUGGCGCCUGGUACCGGGUGGUAGAAGAACUCCCGGGCGUCGGUUUCUACAACUCGGCGGUGGACGCGGGGGCUAGCCAGAGGCACAAGCACAUGCAGGUCAUCCCCGACGAUGCCCUCUGGGACUACCGACCGGCGGCCAACGAGGCCAUACCGGUGGACGAGCCAAUCUCGCGUCUCGUGGGGUCCAGCAGAGACUUAUCCCGGGUGUGGAGGCUGCCGACCUUCCGCUUCCAGCACGCCUUCACCCUGCUGCCGUCCUUGCAGGAGCUAGGAGAAGAGGGGGUUGGUGAUGAUGAUCCGUCACGAAGGAUGGCGGCGCACCUGAGGACGCGGUAUGUGGAUCUCCUGCGAGAGGUCGGCUUCGACACCUCAUCUCUUCUCGCACAAGAGCCUACCCGAACACCAGGGGACGCCGCCGCCUCCACCGCCCCCGUGUCCACGCUCCCUCCCUACAACGCCGUCCUCACGCCGCGGUGGCUGAUGCUGGUGCCCCGCUCCCGCCGCGAGUGGGGCGGCAUCGACGUGAACGGGAUGGGCUUCCUCGGGGCGUUGCUAGUCCGCGACAAGGCGUUUGCGGGGGAGGGGGCCGGCGUGGCAUCGGUCCGCGAGCCCGGCGCGCUCGCGGUGCUGGAAGGGGUGACCUUCGGAGCUUCGAGAUGAUGAUGAUGGUGAUGGUGCGGGGGGAUGGGGUUAAGUUUCGGGCGUGACGUGAUGACCUUUCGGGGCUCCGAGAUGAUGAUGAUGAUGAUGAUGGGGGUUGGGGGCGUGCUCAUGUUUAGCAUGCCUUAGCGGUUAGACCAUUGACCAAUGAUACAUGGGGUUGCCAUCAUUAUUCGGGCGGGCUAUGUUUUGGGAGCUUGGAGACGAUGACUUUGGGGGAUACAAAAUCAAUUUCCAUGGUGACCUUCAGAGCUUCGAGAUGAUGAUGAUGAUGAUUGUGAUCAUGUGUGGGGGCGAAACUAUUUUGGGGUCAUGCAUGAUCACCUUCGGAGCUUCGAAUUGAUGGAUGUGAGGGAUGCUACACAAGUGCAUUCCUUGUGAGGUCGAUAUGGAUACAUGAUGACGAGUCUGUCUGGCUGAUCCGGCUUCGCCCUCCCUCGCACCCUCGGUCUUGAGGACGGGACGGCGUAACUAUGUGUACCACUUCCGCCGCCGUUUGCUGCUGCGGCUGGUGUUUGUGUCGGUAUCUUGGUUAUGGCUGCUGUGUUACUGAAAGAGUGCGAAAGCUCUCGAACACCCUCAACGCAUGAAGCGUUGUACUACAGCGAUAUCGACCAAGGUGGGUAUUUGGCAGCAGCGGGGCCUCACCGGGGAGGGGUAAAGGGUUCUCAUUGCUCGUGUACUCAUAACAUGUUUUCACGCCUUAGCUGGUAAGACCAUUGACUGCGCGUGCUCUCGAGAGGACGAAGCACUACUGGUCCCCACAUGAAGGACCCAUCGCCGAUGGCCCAUCGUUCCUACUUCACCAAAACCGUGGCUCAAGUAUGUGUUUUCAAUUGGUCUUCAUACAACACGAUGGAUACAUACAUCGCUACACUGUCCCGGGCUCUUACUACACAUGGUC